GCUCGGCAGGAGGCAGCGCAGCGGCGCCGCCGCCAGCACCGCCGGCCCUCCACCUCCCCCCCGCGCCCCGCUAGCCCUGCAAGAUGCCCCGGGUAGACGCAGACCUCAAGCUGGACUUUAAAGAUGUCCUGCUCAGACCCAAAAGAAGCAGCCUCAAAAGCAGAUCAGAGGUUGACCUCAUGCGCACCUUCACUUUCCGCAACUCCAAGCAGACAUACACAGGAAUUCCCAUUAUAGUGGCAAACAUGGACACUGUGGGAACAUUUGAAAUGGCGGUGGUUAUGGCUAAACAUGCAAUGUUCACUGCAAUUCACAAGCAUUAUUCUCUGGAAGAAUGGAAACUGUUUGCUGCCAGUCACCCAGAAUGCCUUGAGCAUGUGGCUGCAAGCUCAGGCAGUGGAAAAGCUGAUCUGGACAAGCUAACAAGUAUUCUAGAGGCCAUUCCACCUAUCAGAUACAUCUGCCUGGAUGUGGCAAAUGGCUAUUCAGAGCACUUUGUGGAGUUUGUGAAGUCUGUCCGUGCCCAGUUCCCAAAUCACACCAUUAUGGCAGGCAAUGUGGUGACAGGAGAGAUGGUAGAAGAACUUAUUCUUUCUGGAGCAGAUAUUAUUAAAGUGGGUAUUGGACCAGGCUCUGUGUGCACCACUCGUAUUAAGACAGGUGUGGGCUAUCCACAGCUCAGUGCUGUUAUUGAGUGUGCAGACUCAGCGCAUGGCUUGAAAGGACAUAUCAUCUCUGAUGGAGGAUGCAGCUGCCCAGGAGAUGUCGCCAAAGCAUUUGGAGCUGGUGCUGACUUUGUCAUGCUUGGAGGAAUGUUUGCAGGCCAUGACCAGUGCGCUGGAGAGAUUAUGGAAAAAAAUGGCAAGAAGGUGAAGCUCUUCUACGGGAUGAGCUCCGAUACAGCCAUGAAGAAGUAUGCGGGAGGGGUUGCUGAAUACAGGGCUUCGGAGGGCAGGACUGUGGAGGUACCGUACAGAGGGGACGUGGAACUUACCAUCCUUGACAUCCUCGGGGGGCUGCGCUCCACCUGCACCUAUGUGGGAGCUGCCAAACUCAAGGAACUGAGCAGGAGAACGACGUUUAUCCGAGUCACCCAGCAGCACAGCCAGAGCGUAUGUGCAUAUUGAGCAGAGCAGCUCCAUGACAUCUCUGUGGAACAGUUUCUUUUCCAAAGGGCAGACGCUAUGGAUGAGCCUGCCUCCCCACAGCUGUGACAAGCGAGGAGUCUCCUCCCCAGGCAGGUGCACACACACUUCAGUUAGCCUGGCCUGAGGCCAUUCCUACACCCGUGUUCCCCUCAGUUUUGCACAUGCUUAUGCCUGAACUGGAGCCCAUCAGUGACUAACAGGAAAAGACGGGGACAGGCUAAUCUUAAGAAGUCUCCUGGGUUUUCCAGCCUGCAAAUUACAUUGACACUAAGACUAGUUAUUGAUAAAGCUGUGGCUUAGGGUGUUUACUUUCUAAAUAGCAGCUCUUUUAACAUCAUUUUGGUAAACAGCAGGUUUUCUUCGUAUUUUCUUGCCUCCCUCUCCCUCCAAAGUGAGCAGGAGGGAGAAAUCAGCUGCAGAGAUGCUGAACUGAUGGCAUGAUUGUAUUAUUUCACCCAAAGUUAUAUGUGGCCUUGUGCGGGGGCGGGGGGGAUGCUUGACCAAGUCAGCACUCACUAUUUGCACUCUACAUGUCCUGCUCUCAGACAGGCUGGAAAGUUAAAAUAUGAUUAGCCUGAGCCCUUACUUAACAGCCAGUCCUGUACCAUAGCAGGUACCUCAUCUUGUAGCCCCAGAUCCUGUGCCCUCAAGUCAGCUGUGAUCGCUCAAGGAACUGGGGCAGAAAGGCAGCUGAGGGCAUGCUAUGACGCUAGGCCUGGCAGGAUGGUCCAAGCAGUGACCAGACCCACUGACCAAUUCCACAUGCCAUUUGUGGAUCUACCUCACCUGCACAUUUUUAGCGGGUUCUCUGUUACCUGGUGUCCUUCCGCAGGAAGCAGCAUUUGUAAGCAUUUAGUGUUGGGUGAAUCUGUAUAACCUGGUCUUACACCUCCAACACCAUCCCCAUCCUGGCUCCCCUCUACGAGGAGCGCUGUGAGUGAGAUAAGCAGUGCUGUAAGCUGAGUUCAUGGCCACUUUCCCCAGCCAGGCAGUUAAGUUCAGUGCCUGUCAUGUUGGAAUUUGGCCUGCUGGCUCCACAGAGAUUUAAUUUAAUGUAUCAAAAACCUACAAAAAGGGAUGCCAAGUAGGCAAUAUACCAUCAUUAAACCAAUCCCUACCGAGCACAUCCAUCUUCUUGAAAUAUAAGAACACCUAAAAAAAAAAAAAAAAAUCCCACCGUCUCCCUCCAGGCACGGUCGGGCGUCACUUUGCUGCAACACUUCUUUGUGGAGUGGGCCACCUCAGUUACUUACCCACAAAGCCUGGUCACCUGAACUGCCCUAGGGGAGGAAGGUCUUGACACAGCUGCAGCCUGAGCAAUGGCAUGGCCAGUUGUGGGGCACACACGGGUAGGACCCCCCCAACCCCCCGCAGGCAUGAGGCCAGCCCGUGCGGCAGGGGUGUUGAGCCAGCAUCCUGCCAGAUGUAAGUCUCCUCUUUCUGAAAGAGAACGUGCCUGCAGUCAGCGGGCGCUUGCCUUUCCCUCCUGCCCCCCUUCCCCGGGCACAGGCUGCUCAAUGCCGUCCGCCAUGGGGAGGUUUGGCUGUGCUCUUCUGUGCAUCUGUCUUACGGCACUAGGAUGUGGGCUACCCUGUAAAUACAAAGAGUUGUAAGGGCUAGUGCAACUUUUGGAGAAGCUUUUACUAUACAAAGUGUGCCUGUGCCUUCCUUUCAGCCAGUCAAGGUUGGGGAAAGGAGGAGCUGAGGGUGAGCAAGAAAUACAGCAGCGAUUAGCCAAGCCCCUCCACAGAGGGAUGGGGCUAAUGCUUCUCAGCCAUGGACACUUGGAGAGUUUGAAGCUUUCUCUAAAUCCAGCACUCCCUGGUUUAUAUGGCUGGCUUUAUAGUGAAUAGAGUCGCUGCUACAGCCUUUUGCCAGUGUAAAUACAGUGUAGGUAUGUCCACCGUCAUGCCUACCCUCCUUCCCUACUGCCAUCCUGGGAAUGUUGCUUUAUAGUUGCUACUCUUGGUCUUAUACCAGAAGUAGUCCUUCAUUGGAGACAAGGAAUUUUGCCACUAGCUCCAGAAAAAGCAAGCCAGGUUUGGCCUUGCUUGAGUGCAAGAGAGGAAAAAAAAAAAAAAAAAAGCCAAUGGGCCAAGAAUAGCAGCUUGUGUUGUGCACCCCUUGACGAGCCUGCAUGCGGGAGAGGCCAGUGGCCUUCCCCACAGGUUAGGCGCUCUCUGGGGGCAGAUGGGCUGAGUGGGUUCAGGAUGAGAAGCUUAGCACAGCUCUGCUCUCCGAAACACAGCGCUGCUCCCCUCCCUCCAGCCUUCGCUUCGCUUGCGGGCAUUCAGAUGCUCAGGUGAGCCCUCCCCAGCAUUUACCUGACACGUGGUUUACUGGAUGGAGUUUCCAUGCAUAAAUAAAUAACUCAGAGUCCAAAACGCCUUGAUGUUGCCUGUGAUAAUUCUGAAGCGCUUCUGUGAAAUCAGCCAAAAAGAGUUAAUGAACGUUAGAUGUUUUCCUACCCCUCUGUACACUGCUGAGAUGGUGAUUAUGAAUAUUGGCUUCCCUCAUCUGUAGCAAGCCUGUGUACGCAAUGCCUGCAGCACAAACGGCACAGUCAUUUAAACUGUUCAAAGUUGUAAUGGGAAAGUUUUAUUACGCAAUAAAGUGCUUCACUCUGAUGGUCUGAGAAGAGCUUCAUGCCACGUGUGGGUACGUGCACGUUUCUGCAUAGUUGUGAAUGAAAGCAAACGCUAUAAAAUGUGUUGCUUAAAGGGGGUUGGAUUAAAUUGGACAAAUUACAUGUCAUUUAGUGUUAAUGCAUAAAGACAAAGUACACAUUUGCAAUUGGCACUGUUAUUUUAUUAGUACGAGUAUACUGAAACAAUAAACUUGUACUGGUAUACAGACAA